AUGGCUGAUGCACUAUUUCAACAAGCCGAUACAAACAAAGAUAAUCGAUUAGAUUUAAACGAAUUUCGUAAUCUCGUCUCUUCCAGUGGACAAGGUGGAGGAAGUUAUGGAUCAUCUAGUUUCUCAAGUGGCGGAUACGGGGCCGAUGCUUCUCUAGCUGGAUUAGGUGGAGCUGGUGGUGGAUACAGUUCGUACUCAUCAAGCUCAAGCUUUGAUAGUGGUGCUGCCGGAUUAGGAGGAGGUGCUGAUCUCUCUGGUUUGGCAGCGGGGGGUGGUUACGGUUCAUCAUUUGAAUCAUCCAGCUAUUCAUCCGGAGCAGGAGUAGAUGUUGCAGGUUUGGCAGGAGGUGCUGGUGGGGCAUAUGGAGCUGAGUAUUCAGCAGUGAGCGGUGGUGCAGGUGGAUUGUUGCAAGGUGGAAGUUAUUCAACUGAAAGUACAUCAGUUCAACGAUACGCAACAGAUGCUCAAGGAUUAUUUCAAGAUUCAAAUCCACAAAUAAUUCGUAAACCGGCACCAGGUGGCGGUGUCACAUACAAACAAAACAUCCUAGUUCGAUUCUUACAACCACCACCCGUUCCACCACGGAUUGCUUUAUAUAUUACACACAUCAAACUGAGGGAUCAAAAGUGA